AUGGAACCGAGCAAGGUCGGCGCCGCACCACUGCUCGACCUCUCCAAUUACCCUCAGGCGCAGGCUUUCGUCGCGCGAUGCACCGAGUUUUUCGAUGAAGUCAAGGACUUGACACCAGGCGCCGCUCUCGAAGCGCGGUUGAACCGCGACUAUGGCCCCGGCAAUGCUUACUACGAAGACUUCUGUCGAUACAUCAGGGCCGGCCUGAAAGAAGGCUGGGCCGCCACUGCCGAACUCGACGGGCCCAAAUAUCGACGGUCACGAAUCGCCGCGCCGUCCGCCGACACGCACUUUAUCAGCAUCACGACAGUUUAUAUGGAAUCGCAGGAGGUGUUCAGGGGCCAGUACCAUGCGCAUCCGUACGGUGAGAUCAACUGUGUGGUUCAGAUCGACGAGACCGCCGAGUUGAAGGGCAUGCAAGGCUGGCAGGGAGCUGGAUGGACGUGUCCCGGGCCAGGGACGCACCAUUACCCGGAAGUCAGAGGAGGGGCCUUGGUCGCACUAUUCUUUCUUCCUGCUGGACGGAUCAGUUAUGCGGCGAAGCCAGACGAUGCCCAGCCACACUGUCUCUAA